AUGGACGCAGGCGGUCUGUCUCAAAUGAACUUCAACAACAACUUCAACAGCAACACCUCCCUUGGUGUGCCUGGUUCCGGGUUUGCAUCUCGAGGCAAAGGCUCGCACAUCAAGCGCCUAAGCGUACCUCCUAAUAUCGCUACUAUUGAUGAAUCACAGGCCUCGGCGUCCUUGGCAACCCCUCGCACGAGUCGCUCUCACCUUCUGGCCGGCCUGAGAACCGCGCCCCGCUCUGCUACCCUCCCGUCACACCAGUUGCAGCAGCAGCACCAGGCGCAGCCGCAGCAGCAGCAGUAUCGAUAUCACCACCAACAACAGCGGAACGGCGCAGACAUUCCUCGCUACACAAGCCACAAUGUUCGCGGAACCGAUCGUGUGCCGCAGACUGCCACGGGAGCCGGAUUCCCGCAGCACACGUUCGCUCAAUCUCAGGCUUCAAACUCGCAUCAUGGCCGGCCUAUGUACACGACCCCGGAGCAGGUUCUAGCCCCUCCCACUCUUGAUGUGGGUGGCGACAAUGGUAUCGACGAGAACCUGUACGCUGAACUGAUGUCUACCAACCUUUUCUUGGCCGCUCAACAACAACGCCUUCAACAGCAAUUGAUCAGUGUUACUGCCGCCGCACAGCAAUUCCAAGGAUUGACACUGGGUGGAGCGAAUCGCGCUCAACAACAGCCUAUGUCUGGGCUGAACAUGGGGUCUGGUAUGGGAUUCUACCAGCAACAGCUUCAACAGGGUGUCCAGCCCGUGGUUCAGCCUGUUCCUGGACAGCCUGGUUGGUUUUCGGUGUACAACCCUCUCACCGGCCAGCAGAGCUACGUCAUGGAUAACAGCUAUCAGGAGGAGAGCCCCAGCUAUGCAGACAACUACUCGACCGCGCAGCAGGUGCCUCAAUUCCGUGCUGAGAUUUCUCCUCCAGCCGAGCCUAUUACUUCGCCAGUCCAGUCUCUUCCGCCGGUCUCUCCGCCUACUGGUACCCCAUCGCCUCCCACUGACUCCACUGCCUUCCGUCGUAACAACCGCAAGGGCCCGCUAUUUAACUCGGUGCUGAAGUCUACCAUCGAUACAACCAAGGCUAAUAACAGCGUUGGAAACGGUCCACGGUCUGCAGCCUUCCCACCUACCCCUGCCACUGGGACUUUCGGCCCCGGCCAAGCUCGUGCGGGUGAGCAUCCUACUCGCCAACCACGUGGGCCACCUGGGCUCGAGGAACUUGUUGCCAAGCCUACGUCUAAGCACGAAGGAAGUAAAAACUUCGCCACCCGCCAGCGGCGACGCGCUGUUCACAGCCUUGUACGCGCUGGUAUUGAACGUCGUGGCGAUACCCGUAGCUUCGGCUAUAGCAGCGGCGGUACCAAUACCCCUGCGAGUGAAAAGGAAUUUGCUUUUUCGGAUGGCGAUGACGCAACUGUCCGAAGUGGGAGCCUGUCUAGCAAACCCAGCCUAGGCAGUCUUCGUGCUGUUGCCAAUGGAGCGAUUGGGUCCGAGCGAAAGGAGAAGAAUGGCCGAGAGCGCAAGUCUCCGGAUAGUCCUUUCCUCAGCGCCACCCCAACUGGAAGCGAAGACGGCUACUUUGGUUCCAGGCUGUCGGAUGCAGUCUCAUCGCCAAAUUCUGGUACCACCUCGCCCUCUGUGGCUGCCAUCGUUGCCGGUCAGGGAAACGCCACGCAAGCAAACGAACGUCGAAAGACGCCAAUGCUCGUGUUAUCCAGCGCUGAAAAGCGCAAGACUCCAUUCGUGUAA